UCAGCACUGGCUUGUGUUCUCCCACCUUUGAGAAUCUGGUAGUUAAUCUUGAUUUUUAAGUAAUGAAAGAUGGUAUCUUGGGCUAAUGUUCCGGGUAGAAGGCCAAUGCCGUAAGUGCACGGUUUUGCUGUAUGAGCAGCCAAUGUCCUUUCUUUCCGGUAUACUUCUCCUUAAGGCAGCUUUCGUUUUCGAACGGGGAAGGUCUCGGGAGCCUGGGACGGAUCCCACGUCCCCCUCCACCGAGGGACGCGGGUUUCCCCCACCGCCCCGUCAGCGCACGACACAAGCCGCAGCUGGGGCCCGGGGAAUGAUCGCCGGGGCCGGGCGCCGGAGCGGCUGCCCGGGCUUCCUCCUCUUCCCCGCCGCUGCGGGCCGGGCCGGGCCGUGCCCUGCUGCUCCCGCCCCGCUCGCUGCCGGGGAUGGAUGAGCGGCUGCUGCGGGCCCUGGGGGGCCUCAGCCUGCAGCCGCGGCGGAGCAGGUUCGCCGGGCGGCUGGUGCUGCUGCGGGGGCUGCCGGGCGCCGGGAAGAGCACCCUGGCCAGACAACUGAAACGUGACUAUCCCAGUGCUGUAGUUCUUAGUACUGAUGACUUCUUUAUUGAAAAUGGUGUAUACGUGUUUGAGCCUGACUUCCUAGAGGAUGCACACAAAUGGAACCAAAAGAGAGCACGCAAAGCAAUGAAGAAUGGGAAAAGCCCGGUUAUUAUUGAUAAUACCAACAUCCAUGCUUGGGAAAUGAAGCCGUAUGUGAUGAUGGCACGUGAAAACGGAUAUGAAGUUAUAUUCCAAGAACCAGAUACACCCUGGAAGUUCAAUGUUCAAGAACUGACAAGAAGAAAUACUCAUCAUGUCCCUCGACAAAAGAUACAACAGAUGAAGGAACAAUACGAGCACAAUGUUACCUUCCACAGUGUUCUUCAGUCCGAAAAACCACGUCGAGAUGAGAGAAGGUCCCAUGGACCAAACGCAGCUUAUGGCAUGGGUGCCCAUUCCUGCCCCCCUCCAGCCUUCUCAAACAGGAGGCCUCGUGGCGCAUACAAGCAAUAUGCCAUUUAAGUGAAGAGGUGGAUUCCCCGGUGGGUUUUAAUUAUCAGGGUAUAAAAGUCUCUAGUUGUACAUCUUUUUUCUAAACUGUUUUUUAUUCUUGUAUUUUUCUACUGUAUUUCUAAAUUACUUUUAUUUCUUGGAAAUAUUUUAAUGCCUCUGGAUUAUGAUCUCACAGCUCUGCAUGACCAAUCUAAGAGCACUAUCCCCAGUACAAACUGUACUCCCUUUCAUCCCACUUCCUUCACAAAAAUCCAUUCAAGCUUACAGUGACAUUUAGUGGCUGUGCCACAUGGUUUUUGUUUGGUUUUGGUUUUCUGCAUCACUCUCUGUCCCUAAUAGAUAACAAUAUUCCUAAGUUAAUUCCUUCUUUCUUACAGGCCAUGUGGCCAAUUCCUUCUCCACACAGUUGUCAUUUCUUGCCAUUUUAAUACUUUUUAAUAUUGCCAUUUUAAUACUGUCUGGCUGUAUAACCUUUUGUAUCUAUAUCUUCCCACUCCACCUUGCCUAGAGCAUUACUGCAAUUUUAAAGAGAUGCAAAGUGAAUGGUGGAAAAGGCAGCUCUACCAGAUUUUAGUGAGAUUUGAUGCUGUUCCCUAUUCUCGUCUCUGCUGUCCGGAUACUGCUGGUAUUUCUUACCUUAGCUCUAGUACAGCCAAACAGCUUCACCAUCCUGGAGGUGAAACUUUAACACACCAAACAGAGCCCUUUAUCUUGCCAUAGGAUUCACCGGGUCCUGAGAUGAGUCCAUAUACAGAUGCUUCUAAAAGGAAACAUUAGUAUUAGGCUAGUGCCUGUUAGCUUCUAAGAAGGAACAGAGCUACAGGAGCAGAUCCGAGUAGUUGAAGCACAAGUCUACCAAAUACCCAAACUAACUCAGAAGUACAAAAUAAUUACUUAAGAAAGAGGAAAAAAAAGUUCUUCAAAGGGAAGAAAUCAAUGAUUUGUUCUGCUGAGUGCUGAGAAGCCACGGUCUGAUGGAUGAGUGAGAAGUUAUUCUGCCGGGAUUUUAUCCAUAGUUAAAUUCUGCUGAUUAUGCCUGCAUCAAGAAGCCUCACAAAGCAUUUUUGAAAUGCAGCAUUUGGGAUGGGAAUUAUUUUUUGAAGUGGGUGUGGAUUAUUAGGCAGUGCUUAUAGAACAGGGCAGCAGUGAGUUUUUUUGCAGUGGGAAAUGAAGACAGCUCACAUUGCUUGUUAAGAAAUACAGGUAGAGAUGCUAUUCAUCUAGCAACUUAGCAGACGAGAGUAUGAGGUGUAAAGAAAUCUGCUGUUUCUAGGCAAAAGCCAAGCUCUCUUCAGGACAGAGUAGAUGUAUGACAAGAAUUGCAUUUUCUACUCAAGCUGCAUUUAAAGAAGUAAUAUCAUCACUGUAAAUAAUUGUGACUUAGGGUCUAGGGAACCUGGCUCUGCAAUGUUGCACAGAGGUUUGCAGAACUAUCAGCAAGCUUGUGUCAGUUCUCCAGUCCUGCUACAAGUGCCAAGCUUGGCAACAGGAGCUGCUCCCAGCUUGGCACUUGAGCCAAGUGAGUGGCACAGGACUCCUGAGAGGUAGUCGAGUGGGAGCUGGUGGUCCUGGAUCUGAAACAUCCUCCCUCCUUUAACUUGUGCGUGGUGGGAAGCACAGGCAAAGGGCAGCCUGACAACAAACUAAAACGUGGACUUGGCAGCCAGUCUAGCAGGACUGUUUCCCUCUCCAGUGGAGAAACUCCAGUUUUGAGAAGUUUAACUUAAUGAGAACAAAGUCAUGAAUUCAAGUACUCACUCACUCCCAGCAGAAGUGAUGAAAUCAAACAUCUGACUACUAUGGCCUCAAGUGCUUCUUUAAGGAGUAGCUCAGAAAUGCUGACCAAGGAUCUAUCAUUAUUAACUUUGUAUGGCAUUUUGCUAUGAAUCAAAUAAUUAUACCUGUUUUCUAAACCUAUUUUAGCACUAUAUGGAAAGUUUGAAGCGAAAAGUACAAGAACUGUGCCACAAUUGCAGAGCAGUAUUUCAGAAUUAAAGUAUAAUGUUUGGUAACAAUAAACCUAAGAGAAUUGUUUUGCCCUGUGCCACUUCUGACAGCCAAAGAACUAUUGUAACAAAACUGAUCGCUUUAGACUGAAACAAAGAUCCUGCUGUAAUUUAAGAAUACAUCAGAAUCAAAGCAAUGGCUUCGAAAAUGUCAUGAGACCUUCAGCCACACUGAUGCUAUUGUACAAUACAUGUUUAUGUGAGAAAUGUAUAAUUACUCAACUCCAAAUUGUUUUGCAGAUGAAAUGUCAUUUCAUGAGUCUUGUUUUUGUAAUACAGCUUUAUUAAGUACUAUCAGGAUUUAAUGUACAAAGUGUAAAAAUAAAUUGAAUUUGAAAUAUA